AUGGCACAAUUCUCCUACGUCAAUCUCGUGUGGCUCUAUAUCGCUGUCACGUUAAUCUACAUAUCAUACAAGGUACGUCCACUCAUGGGUACUCAGGUCUCUGGUCUCACAUUCAUAGNNGUUGUGCACAAAGCCUUUUUCACUCCACUUCGUGGCGUACCAGGACCAUGGCAUGCUUCCUUGGUAAAUUGGCGCUUGAAGAUAGCAGUCCUCGGCGGUGCACGAGCAGACUACAUCCACGCACUCCACCAAAAGUACGGUCCAAUCGUACGCAUCGCACCCAACGAAGUUGCCAUCAACGACCCGGCCAGUUUCAAAGACAUUCACAAGAUCGGCUCUGGAUUCCUCAAGACCGAUUGGUACGAGUAUCUGAACACCAAUGGUGUGGGCAAGUGUCCCGGCAUCUUCAACAUGACCAAUCCGAAAGAGCAUGCUGCCAGGAGGAAGUUGUUGGCUAAAGGAUUCAGCCAGCGUCAUCUACGUGAGCAGUGGGAACAUGUUGUUCAUGAGAAGGUUGACCUCGCUGUUGCUCGCAUCAAAGCCAAUGCCACUUCUGGAACGGCAGAUGUUCUCAGGUGGUGGACGUAUCUCGCUACUGAUGUCUCUGCUCACCUGAUGUUUGGCGAGUCUUUCCACAUGCUCGAAAGCGGCGAAAGAGUGCCUUACAUUGUAGCUCUGGAAAAAGCUACCAUAUGCUCUGCGAUUAGCUGGGAGCUACCUCUGGUAUAUUGGAUAGGACGCGGGUUGCCUUUCGCUGCCAUGAGAAACAUCUUCUACGCCAACAAUGUUUUACUCGAGCAAGGCCGUCUAGCAGUCAGAAACAGCAAAGCUCAGGAAUUUGGCACGUCAAACAUCUUCGCCACUGCCGUCAGUGAGGCCGAGAUGGGUGAUGGUGCGCUGACCGACGAAGACAUCCAGACAGAGGCCGGCAACUUGAUUGUCGCUGGUUCAGACACUACAGGCAUCACGCUUACAUAUCUCACAUGGUGUGUGCUAAAACAACCCGCACUACAACAAGCCCUGGAGGGGGAAGUCAACUCAGCCGAUAGCCAACUCACUGACACCGCUCUCGAGCAACUGCCAAUCCUCAAUGCUGUGAUUGAAGAAACACUCCGUCUUUACGGCGCCGCACCAGCAACCCUCCCGCGUCUAACCCCCAAAGGCGGCGCAACCUUUGGUGGCCACUUCAUCCCCGCCAACACCGUCGUGGGUACUCAAUCCUAUUCCCUACACAGAGACCCACAACUUUUCCCCAACCCAGACAAAUUCGAUCACACACGUUGGCUAGAGCCAAACAAACUCUCUCCCUUGGCCAAAGCGACAUUCUCGCCCUUCGGCGCUGGAUCCAGGGUGUGUAUUGGCGUGCACCUCGCACGCAUGGAACUGCGUUUGGCGGCUGCAAAGUUCUUUCGCGAGUGCAGGGGUGCGAGGUUGGCGUCUUCGACUACGGAUCAGAGCAUGAAGCCUAUCAAUUUCUUUCUAAUCGCACCUCAGGCACACAAGUGCGAGAUUGUCAUGUAG